GCUUUAUCAAAUCGCACAGCUUUCCCCCCAAAAAGCAGAAGCAAAAGCAAGCAGCAACAGAACUCACUCCUCUCAAACUCAACCUCCGAACAUGGCUUCUGUGAUUGCGCGCAACGCCAUUCUCGCUGAUGAGGCCAUCCUCGCACUGAGCACUCAGCUGCGUGUUCUCGAGACUGCCGCUCGCGAGCGCGGUCUCCUCGCCGACUCGAGCGAUCCCAAGAUCCAACAGCUGCAGUCCGAGAACGCUGCAUUGCGCAAGGCGGUGGCGGACGCCAAGCAGACGCUGAUCGACCUGGAACGCAGCCACGGCCGCACUGUUGUUGAUGCUCCUUCUGCAUCGGCCGCUGCUGCUUCCACUAGCGCCCAACCAAUCUCGCAAGCCGCCAAGGGCAAGGCUGCCAAGGCGGCUGCCGCUGCCACCCCUGCAGCUGCUGCCGCUCCUGCUGCGGACAAGAAGGCAGAGGCUGCGCCUGCCGCCAAGGACAAGGGCAAGAAGGCCGAAAGCAGCGCUCCUGCCUCGACCGACGCCCCCGCUGCCGGCGAGGACGCCAAGGUGCACCAGCUCGACUUCCGCGUUGGCCGUAUUGUUUCUGCCAAGAAGCACCCCGACGCCGAUUCGCUCUAUGUCGAGGAGGUCGACCUCAACGAGGGCGGCAAGCUGCGCACCGUCGUCAGCGGCCUUGUCAAGUUUGUCCCCAUCGAGCAGAUGCAAAACCGCCUGGCUGUGCUCCUCUGCAACCUCAAACCCGCAAAGAUGCGUGGCGUGCUUUCUGAGGCCAUGGUCAUGUGCGCAAGCACCCCCGACAAGGUCGAAAUCCUCGAUCCCCCAGCAGGCGCUGUUCCCGGCGAUCGCAUUGUUUUCGCCGGUCACGAAGGCAAGCCAGACGAGCAACUCAACCCCAAGAAGAAGACCUGGGAGACUCUUGCUCCCAUGUUCAAGACCAACGACCAGCGCGUCGCGACCUUCAACGGCGUUCCGUUUUCAGUGGAUGGCAAGGGUGUUGUCAGCGCGCCAACGCUUGCCAACGUCCAGGUCAAAUAAACGACGCCGUUUGCACCCAACGACCCAAUAAUAAAAAAACGCAUUCUUGACA